GUAUCUGGUUUAUUUCUUGACUGGCGUGGCUGGAGCCUGGACCAUUCUGACUGGGCUGCCCGCCUGAGGCCCGACUCGUCACCAACCCGCCAAAUUGCUUCCGUGUCCGCCUUGAAGCCAGAAUUAUCUCCAUCAACUCGCAUCUCCCCAAACAUCUCCCUCGCUCCCUCCUGCACGAUUCAAAGCAGGCUCGGCAGCGUGAAACCAACAUCACGAUGGCGAUCCAAUACCUCAUUCUCCUGUCCCGUCAGGGCAAAGUGCGCCUCGCCAAGUGGUUCACAACACUCUCCCCCAAGGACAAGGCCAAGAUCGUCAAGGACGUGUCCCAGCUCGUGCUCGCCCGUAGGACGCGGAUGUGCAAUUUUCUCGAGUACAAGGACACCAAGAUCGUCUACCGCCGAUAUGCCUCGCUCUUCUUCAUUGCGGGAUGCUCCUCGGAGGACAAUGAGUUGAUCACCCUCGAAAUCAUCCACCGAUACGUCGAGCAGAUGGACAAGUACUACGGCAACGUUUGCGAGCUCGAUAUCAUCUUCUCCUUCACCAAGGCAUACUACAUCCUCGACGAACUCCUCCUCGCCGGCGAGCUGCAGGAGAGCAGCAAGAAGAACGUACUCCGCUGCAUCGGCCAGCAAGACUCUCUUGAGGACAUGGAGGUCGAGGACGAAGUUACAAAGAUCAUGUAGACCAUCCUCGGCGACGACGUUAAUAGCUGCCUGGCUCCAACUCGACUCAACUUGCGUUACGAAUCCCCAGACCGAUCGAGCGAUGUUCCUUAUAAUACGGUUUCAUACGAAGAACUACAACACGUUAGUUGAUCUCGAAUUAACUUUGGAUCAACAGGUCGAAGAAGAAAUAUUGGAAUCACUCAAAGAUGCGGGGUUUAUGUGAUGGAGCAAGUCUCAGGCGGCUGAGCAUCUCUUCAAUGGGAAGAGAGGACACGCAUGUUUAUUUGCAUCGUGGGAACCGGCGCUGGUGGUGUUUGGGGAGUCCUAGGCCGAUACGGUCUUGUUUUGUAGAUCUUUGACGGUGGAAAACCACCUUCUUUCAUAUCAAGAGAUGAGGCCCAAGGGUGAAGGCGUCACCGUGCGGCAGAUGCGGUUGACGGCGCAAGGGACGGCAAUCUGACGUCGACCCAUUGCGGAGGGAUCAUGCAGAGUCGACUCAAGGACAGCGGAUCCUCGGAUGGCGAAGAGUGACGGCAUUCAAUGGAUGCACCGAGUUCACACGUCGUAUGCCACUCGGCAUGCCCCAGUCUGACACGUUGGUGUCCCUUGGGCGCUCGACAAACCCGAGCGCGAGCUCAAUCGCAUCACUCCGUCGGGACGCCUCGCAACCAGAAUCAAGAGAAACGAUUGACCUC